ACACAGCAGAGCAGGGCAGGGAGCUCCAAGCUGGCGUCUACAGAGUGCAGCAUUGUUAGCUAAGCUAACAGUCAUUAUGUCGGAAAUGUUGCUAAAGGAGAUGGAGGCUGUAUCAUCUCUUCCUCUGCUGCCAAAGAAAGAAGAUCCGGGGAGCGAGCGGCGGAGUUUUCUCUUAGUUGAUGAGAACGAAACCCUGCAGGAGAAGGAUGAAGCCCAGUUCCUACAGAAGUUGGGUUGUAGUCCUGGGCAAGGGGUCAAAGUACUGUCCAUCUUCGGCAACACAGGCGACGGCAAAUCACACACACUCAACCAUGUACUUUUCGAUGGUGAGGAAGUCUUUGUCACAUCUCCCUCUCCCACCUCCUGCACCAUUGGGGUGUGGGCUGCUUAUGACCAGCACCUGGGUUUGGUGGUGCUAGAUACAGAGGGAUUGCUCGGUGCCUCCACACAGAUGAAUCAGCGGAUGCGCCUGCUGCUGAAGGUGCUGGCUGUGUCGGACAUUGCCGUGUACCGUACUCGGGCUGAACGGCUGCACAAUGACCUCUUUCAGUUCCUGGGAACCGCCUCGGCCGCCUACCUGAAGCACUUUACCCCUCAACUGCGUGCCCUUUCAAGCCGCUGCGGGCUGGACGUACCUCUCUCUAACCUGGGGCCUGCGGUGGUGGUGUUCCAAGAGACCUCACGCACUCAGCUCCUGGGUCAUGACGGCACAGCUCCGGCAGAUGUCCUCCUACAGAAGCGUUUCCAUGACCUGGGUCAGAGCACAGAGGCCUUCAGCUCAGUGCAGUACGUGGGCACACAAACUGUCACUCCCCCCACAGACUACUCCCAGUUUCUGGAGACCAUCCGGCAGCAGGUGAAAAACACAGCCUCCCGAGCUCCCCGCCAGCCAGCCAUCGUCUUCAGUGCACUGCAGGCUUUAAGUGAAAGGUUCUGUGGGGAGAUCUCGGAUGACAAAGUCAGCAUGUACUCCUUCUUUCCUGACGAGUAUUUCACCUGCCCUUCUGUCUGCCUCAGCUGCAAUGUUCGGUGUAAAAAUGGAAUGAACCACCAGAAAGACAGAGUGCCACAUAUGGCUGAUGGACUGUGCCAGUAUGCCCAUCAGUACAGUAACAAGGUCCUCAUCUGCAAGAGAUGCUAUGAGGGUGGAAGGGAGGUGAUAGUCGUACCCAAAACAUCUGCCUCUACUGAUAACCCGUGGUUUGGUCUAGCUAAAUAUGCCUGGUCGGGUUAUGUUCUGGAAUGUCCAAACUGUGGCAUCAUCUACCGAAGCAGGCAAUACUGGAUGGGGAACCAGGACCCUGAAAGUGGCGUGGUGCGCCCUGAGGUCAAGCAUGUCUGGCAGGGGUCGGAGGCCUUCCAGACAGACCAUCAGAAUGCCGCUCAGCGGGUGCUGGACGGAGUUAACUAUGUCAUCCAGUCUAUGGCUGAGUACAGUGCCGGCCCCACCAAAGCAGUCACCGCCUGGAUCACGGACCAAGUGGCUCCCCCAUACUGGAGACCCAACGCUGAGAUCAUAGUAUGCCAUGGUUGUAAUCGAGAGUUUGAGGAGGCCGAGAGGAAGCACCACUGUCGUUCAUGUGGAGAAGGCUUUUGUCAGGCCUGUUCCACCCGCAGCAUGCCUGUGCCUGAGAGAGGCUGGGGCAGCAGUCCAGUCAGGGUGUGUGAAGCCUGCCACCGCCAAGGAGGAGCUCUACAAACUGUCCAAGUGUCCCAGACUGAGCCGCGGACACUGGUGGCCCGCAGGGUUACAGAAGUAGCCCAGUCUACGCUGAACAUGGUCUCUAAUGCAGUGGACUACCCUCUCUGCUUUGUAAAGGGCGUGGCGCGGCCUGACUACUGGGUGCCGGACCAUGAGAUCACUGAGUGUCACCAAUGUUCCAAGGGCUUCACCUCCAGCAUUCCCAAGCAUCACUGUCGUGCGUGCGGCCAGGGCGUGUGCGGGAACUGCUCAACCCAGAACCGGCCCGUGCCUUCCCGUGGCUGGGACCACCCGGUGCGGAUCUGCGACGCCUGCGUCACUCACCUCGACUCCCAGUGACCACAAAAAUGUGAUUCAGCGCUGCUCUCGCAACAAUCAAGUGCUGUGACCCAGACGCAGAUCAUAUUCUCAUCAUGUUAUUGGGCAUUUAGUGUGCCAUGAUCACAUCUUACUCGCAGGCAUUAGGCUAAAGCAGCAAAGGGCAGUAGGAAAAUCAAAGAGAAACCGUGCUGUGAGUGGACAACCGUUUCAGGUUGUAUGAGGCUUUUAGGCUGAUGAUCCAGAGAGUGAGAGUGAGAAUAAUCAGGAAAAUAAUCAGAAGAUGGCUUUGCGUAGACAUUGGGCGACAAAAGGGGAAAUCAGUUUGACCCUAUAUUUAUGACUGAACUAGUGCUGGCGCUGAUAAAAGUUCACUCGUUUUACGCUGUUAACACCAAGAGUUACACUUGACUGGCGAGGAGGAAAAUUUCCCCAAAUGUCCGAUGGAGCCUGGUUUUGUUUACUUCGUGAGACGAUUCAUAGGAAAGUAUGACGUACAUAUACACCCCACAAAAAUCAGAUAUUAUUAGAAUUUUGACACAAUUAACAAUUAAGUUUGUAAAGGAUGCUCUGUGGUGCAACCAAAAAAAUAAGAAAACGCACUGAAUCCAUGCAUCAUUUUUGUCUAUGAGCCUAUAUGCUAUUGAAAUCUAUCAGUGAAUAAGGCUGAGUAGCAGAUUUUAAUCAAUAACCUUUGUUUAACCAACUUUUAUGCUGAAUAUUACUUAAUGUACACUUUUUAGCAUAGGUUUAAAUGAGAGGCUUUGCACAUUCAGUUCAGCUUGCUUGAUUAGUACAAGAUAGCGUUGUGCGUGUGCCGUUCAAAUGGCAUAUAGUGAUUUAUUUUCUACACGUGAUCUUGUGUGGUACAGCAGUGCUGCCACAUACAACACAGCAACGAAUUAUGCAACAAAUAAACCUGCAGGUAAAAGAGGAAUUCCACCAUUUUCCCCUUCAGAAUUCAUAAUUUAUUCAUAAUUCAAAAUGUCUGCAUUUAAAACAUAAACAAAGUCAUUCUGAGUGGUUUGAUGUGAAAUUGUUCAUUGUAGAGAAACUUGUUGAAUCUUCUUUACAGUGGUGGUGAUGGGAGCCAGGAACCAUGUCUACGGUGCAGAUACAGCCGUUCUGUUUACUGUUCAAGAUGACCAGUGAACUUGCGUGUCUUCUGAGUUUCUAUAUGCAGUGUUGAUGGUGGUGAAAUAAUUGUAAAUCAUUGCCUCACAAUCCUCUGCGUAUAACUCUCUGCCAUGAAUGUAUUUCAGAAUGUUUUAGGCCUAAAGCUUCCCGUAGCAAGCCGGGUACCAGCACGCCAAAUAAGCGCAAAUAAUGUGACGUACAAAGAGCGCGCAAUGCGCUACCAUUAACCUCUGAGUGGCUGAGUCAGGAUGUUUCAGUCAUGUUUCAAAUGAAAACAGAGACCCCCGAUCACCACCUGCUGUCUGUAGACGGUCGCAUCUGAAGUAGCCCUCUUUGUUUUCAAGGCAGCGGACUAAAGGAAUGGCUGGUAUUUUGGGGAGAGCCUUGGCAUAACAUGGGCACACGACUGAUUGCUGUGCUUCCUCUUAUAUUACCUGAGAAGCCAGUUAGCUUGGUCAGCUGCCUCGGGCAAGACCACAGUCACAAGCCUCGGACCAGCUGGUCCUGACAGCUGUGCAACUGCGAGAUUUUCCAAGUUCCAAAUCUUGAUAGUCGGAGAAAAAGGGAUGCACAUAUGAGACAUUGAGAAAUGAGAUGAACUUGCUUCUUUAUUCAAAAUUCCUGUUCCACCUUAAAUAGUGCAGCUGGACUGUUCAGGCACCUGUGCAGGUCCCAGACUACGGUGACCACUGCUCCAUUUAUGGUGGAAUGAAAAACUUGAUCAAAAACUUGCCCGUGUUCAUAAUCACGGCUUUCUCUGUAGCCCUUUAAACACUGUGGUCAUUUGGUUCCUGCUGUGAAUGAUUCUUACUCUGUAGGUUUCCCGAUAAUAUUCAUAUUUCACAUGACGCAUCUCUGAAUGACUUUGUUUAAUUUAACAUAAUUAUGUGGAAAUUUUGAAAAAAUGGAAUUCUCCUUUAAUAGAGCUGCCUUAUUCUAACACAAGUACUCCCACACAUCUGUGAGAUCACAUCUGUUCCAGCUACUAUCUGGAUCAAUCUACUCCAUCUUUCAACUAGAUUCAUCCCAGUAAUCCUAUUUCACUCUCAACCAAGUGACGUGGGACCAGCUUAUUCCUUUUAGCAAGGCAGUCAUUCAUUUACAGAGGCCUUGAAUGAACAGUUUCAUUGUAAUAGCGUAUUUGUGAAAAUACAGCAAGUGAUAGAAAUGAUCAUUUAAGGGAAUCGAGAGAAAAGUUGGUGAUGCUGAUCAUGUAGAAUACAGUAAUCGACUGUCCGUCUCUGCAGCAUCUCAUAAUUGGAAAGCAGCUGCCCUAGUGAGUGCCUAUGCAACUGGACUUAAAAGCUCAGUGGACGUGUGCAUGAGGAACUCAUGCAUGUAUGAAUGUGUAUUGUAGACGUGACGAGUAGGAAAGUAGAGGGAAGGCUUUUAGUUCAGGCGGUAGACUGGAGCCGAGUGCAGUCAACACAAACACCACAUAUACUCUUAACUGCAGGCUGUAGAUACUCGAGGUGACCAGGGCAGUUUAAGUCCUCAUUAACUCCGUGCACCCACAGUAUUGUAAGAUCUCAGCUCUCAAUUUUAACCUGUUUUUGCACUUUAUUUACCUUUUUCAGCUUCCUUUAUUGAGAGCCAUAUCAGCAGUAAACAGAUGUGAGUUGUGUAGUUUAGAGUUGACUUCCUGGACAGAGAUUAUUCCUAGUACUGGACUGUACAGCGGUCUGACAGGAGUCUGAAAUGAAACUGGUUUUGGAACAGGUGGCUGUUCUACGUUUUCCUUUAAAGCCGUUUCCCCUUCAGGGACUCCCUGGUGCCAUCUUUAGGGCUGUUCCAUUACUUGCAUUAGCUCAUGUGAAGUGUCUUAAGCCCUUGGAGGGGCGAGUGAUGGAGGAUGGACUUCAGCACCAGAACCUGCCCAGAAAUCACUGCUACCUGAUGCAUUUCCCUUUUUCAACCCCCCAAAACAGAUGACCAAACCUGUUUAUAGGCCAUAGCAAUAGUUUAAAGUGGAAAAGGCAGCACUUUAUUUUUUUGGUUGAAAUUGAAAGAUGUGGCAUUUCAGGCGUCAGGAGAAAAAUGAACCUGUUAAAAUAAAAAGUGAAGUAAAGAAAUAAUCAUUUAAAAGUUUUGCAGGAUUUUGACCACAUCGUACAUCUUUACAUAUUAACAUCACAAACUCAGAAAAAAGGAUUGACUUGAUUCUUAAAGUGAGGCCAACCUAGCCGAGGGCAGAAUUUACUAACAGAGGAACUUCUGCCAUCGUGCUGCAAAAGGACACUUGUUGUAUUUGGGACGUUCCUCCAAGUAGUGAUCGAAGUUGCUGAGGGUGUAGAACUAGGCUUAAUAGCGGUCCAGGAAGCCAAUGUUUCGAGGGCUAAGAGCUCAGUCAAGCCCAUCAGACACACAAAAUGUCCUACCUAAUCAUAAGAAAAGUAAAAAACUAUAUAUUUUGAUUUGUAUCUGAAUCGUACUCCACUUUCUACAUUGUGUGUUGUGGUGCAGUGGUUAGACACCAGUGCUGCACCAAAGCAAUAGAAAUCUUUCUGUGAAUCCUAAUAUGAGAUGUAUCCUAAUUGUUUCUGAAGCGCAGUGGAUGGAGAAGUGCCUGAAUUAUUUAGAGGAGUGAUUUCCUCAGUGCUGGUGCAUCUCAGCUUCUACAUCUGUGCACUCUGUGUGUUUACAGAGUUAAACAUUUUCCUCGUAUGGCGUAAUAUAGCACUUUAAGCAGUUUAAGGGAGGGAAUCAUUAGGGAAUUUUCUAAACUGUGGACUAUUGUCUUUUUUUAACUAACCUGUGGACUGGAACAGAUCACUCUGGCCUUCUGUGAAGUGACUGAACCAAAGCAAUGAUUUCAAUUGCACAUAAAAGAUCAUUCAGUUUUGUUUUCCAGGCUUUUCUGAAUAUUAAAGAUGUUUUAAUGCA